CGUCAGUGUUGGUUCCAGUGUCCCGCGUGUGAGGCACUGUGCCACUUAGAGCCACGCUUAGCCAGUGCCAUCCACUAGCGUCUUGGGAAUCACUGCUCGUUUUCUUCGGGAGUGUCACUGAGAGGGGAAACUCGCCUUUAGUUAUGUGACGCCUUCCACACUGAAGAAACAUGGCGUCAAAAGCGGAAGAAGCGACCUGCAGGGGGGCUGCCGGCAUACCCUCUCCUGUCCCUCGUAACCACGCCCCCUCGACCCGGCCCCCUCCCCCACGUCUUCCCCCGGCCCCCGGUCAGAAGCCCAGGCAGGGGGGAGGCCGCCCCCUUCACGUGCGGGGGGCAGAGGAGGGGGGGCAGCCCAGUGACACGACGAGGAAACUGGCGAGGGUCAACCUGGUCGUUGCGGCUGUGUUGUUCGUGUUGCAGCUGAUUGGCGCAGCCUGCCUAUGCCGCCCUGUGGUUAUCAUGGCCGGAUUGUGGGUCGCCAUCUUGGUUCUGGCACAGGCUAUCUUGGCACUUCACACCGCUGCUGGCACUUCACACUCGUUGAUGGUAGGUCAUGCAUGGCUGUCCGGAAUGGUCUGUCUCAUGACCCUAGCUGCGGCUGGCUACCUUUUCUCGGGACAUCUGACGGUGGCCUGUGUGUCGACCUUUCACAGACUCGAUCAUGCGUCGGUGGUACGCCUCUAUGUGGUAGAAGUGGUGGGUCUGGUGGCAUCCCUGCCCUGCCUCGCCGCCGCCGUGGUCGCUCUCCUCAGUGCCGCCCUCGCCGCCCGCGCCGCCUGCCCGCCCAAGACUAAGACACAAACGCCUCUCGUACUAUAUCUCCCUCGUUGGGGCGACCGCGGGUACGGCAUGAAUGAACAGACCAUCAUCCAAUCAGAAGCCAGAUCACCCCUGCCUCCAGCCCCACCCACUUCGCCACCAGCCAAUCACAGGGACGACAGGGCCAAUUCCCCGCCUCCUUCUUACAACCAGAUUGCUGAGGAAUCUUAUGCUUGAGUUCCGAGAUGUCUGGAGAUUGAGUUAGAAAUUAGCAUUUUGAGAUUUAAUCGAAUUAUUGAUCCAAUUCAUGAAUAUAUAAGCUUGUAGGUGCACGUUCAUAAUGCGCAGAAAAUAGAAAAGAUCAUGCAAAGGUAUAUAAUAUAUUGAGUAUUUCGUAUAACAAUAUAGUUACGCACUCGAUGGGUUAGGCUUAAUAUUAUACCUAAUCUCCAUAUGUAUUCAGAUAUAUAUUGCUACUUAUGUGUUAUCCUAUCAACAUAUGCAAAGUACAUAAAACUUUCUGUCUUUUUUUGCACACAAAAAGCGAGGCAUUUCUUGUAUCUCGUUAUCUGUCUGUUUCUCUGGAUGAAGAAAAUGGUACGCUUUUAGUCAACUGUUUGUCAACUUUUGAUCAUAAUUGUUGUUUAGUAUGUUUUAAAGAUCAUA